GGACGAGGCUCACUCCUACGACAUCAGUCGUUCUCAUCAAUUGAGCGAGGCAGCUAUGGCGCACACAUCCGCGACCCAUAGUCUGCUGAAUCUCGCUCGAGGCUUCAGUCGUCUCAACGUCGCUGAUCCGUUGACGCGAUGCCUUGCACCACAAUUAUCGCGGCAAUUUGCUUCUCAGACCAGUCUUCCCAUCUCAGAUAUCACUAGAUCGAUCGACUCUGGAAUUGACUUGUCUGGCGAUUCGCCUUCGUCUCUCGAGCAACCUCACUCCGCCUCACAGUCCUCGUCCGCAAACACGAAUACAUAUACCCUAGAGUCACCAAUACUGAAGACGUUAUACUCUUGGCCGAACCUUGAGCCUCAAACUUUUGCGUGGUAUGGCCCCCGAUAUCUAGAUGCACCAAUGCGACGAGACAUACUACACCGAGCGGUCAUAUUCGAAGCCGAUGCGACACGACAAGGAACGGCGAGCACAAAAUGGAGGUUUGACGUCCACGGUAGCAACCGAAAGCUCUAUCGGCAGAAGGGAACUGGUAAGGCCCGUGUCCGUGACAAGAAAUCACCCAUCAGAAGAGGCGGCGGUGUUGCGUUUGGUCCAAAACCCCGGGACUUUUCGACGGAGCUACAAAAGAAAGUCUACAGCCAGGCCUUCAGGAUCGCCCUGAGCUACCGACACCGGAAGGGAGAGCUAGUGGUGUUGAACAACGAGGUUUCAAUGCCAGAAGAGAAUGGAUCGAGGUGGUUGAACAACAUCUUUGAAGGAAAUCACUGGGGCAAGGAGCAUGGAAGGAGCUUGCUCGUCACAGGGACCCUCGAAGAGCAGGACCCUAGACUCUUUGAUGCGAUGGAUGCGAUCGGCGAACACGGGCUUCUCAAGGACACCCAAGACGUGGACGUAAAGGACCUUCUUGAGACUGGGAGGAUUGUGAUUGAGAAGCGGGCUCUUUUCAGAUUGCUGACCAAGGAUAUCCGGUUUGAGCCUGAAGCACUGGACAAGCGCGGGAGAGAAGAUGUUGUACAAUAUGUAUAGUUGGAUUCUUAAUUGUGUUGACUCAAGCAAUUUGUUGUGGUCCUUAUUAUUGUGCUCGGUAUCUCGAACUAAUGAUAUUGAGCUUGAUAAAUCAGUAAUGGUGAUGGGAUGAACAGGUUGUAGGGUCUGCAGCGUCAAAUACCAUUGCACAGCGUCCAUGACAAAGGCUUGCCAGCAAUUAGUUUUCAUUAUCUCUAUACUCAUGCAGUGAUAUUGUAGCAGUUGCUGCAGGGGUCAGGAUGAGGCUCGUAUUUGUAAG